GUUCACGUUGAGCGUUCAGACGGGGAAGUAUUGUUCAGGAUUUAUCUCCGACUUUUGGUGCUUGGCCGCUCGUGUAGCGAGGAAAACCCAGUGAUCGAAUUAAGAAUCAGUGUUGAUCAGUCAGGCACGGACUGAGGUGCCGAGGGGUAGUGCAAAUAUUGCUGUAAUUGGUGAUUUUCUAAGGAUUUAACCCAGCGACGCUUGCGGGGAGUUGAGAAGCACACACACACACGCACACAAGUUACUGUUAGUGUUGGCAGGAGUGGAUCUGCCAACACUACCCCCCUAGAGGUGCUUUUUCUCAACAGCCACUGGACGAUGACGACGUCAACUCUCUUCACGACGACAAGGACGUUGGCGGGGCGGACGCUGAGGGGGUGUGGUCCCCGGACAUCGAACAGAGCUUCCAGGAGGCCCUCGCCAUCUACCCGCCCUGCGGCAGACGCAAGAUAAUCCUCUCUGACGAAGGCAAAAUGUAUGGCCGCAAUGAGUUGAUCGCCCGCUACAUCAAGCUGAGAACCGGGAAGACGCGGACCCGCAAGCAGGUGUCGUCACACAUCCAGGUGCUGGCCAGACGCAAGCUGAGGGAGAUACAGGCCAAGCUUAAGGAUGUACCAGGGGGCUGCACGUCUGAUGAAAAUGGCGGAAUGUUGAGACUGGAUUCUGCCACAAAGGAGAAGGCACUUCACACAAUGUCCUCCAUGUCAUCCGCGCAGAUUGUCUCUGCGACUGCGAUGCACAACAAACCAUCACUAGGCCUACCCCCACCACCAGUGUCAUAUGCUAGUGCUUUCUGGCCGGGAGGAUUACAGGCUGGGACAAGUCAAGAUGUCAAGCCUUUUGCCCAGUCUCCGUUUGGAAUGGGUGGAGAGACCAAACCUCCUGUAGGCGGAAUGGGUGGCUUACUUCAACCUGCAGCUGCUCCAUCUGUCACAGUACCUCCUUGGGAAGGAAGAUCAAUUGCUACCCAGAAGUUACGACUUGUAGAAUUCAGCGCCUUCAUGGAGUCCCAGAGAGACCCCGACACAUAUCAGAAACAUCUAUUUGUACACAUAGGUGGGCCAACAACUUAUGCAGAUCCUAUAUUAGAGGCGGUCGACAUUCGGCAAAUCUAUGACAAGUUCCCCGAAAAAAAAGGCGGCCUAAAGGAACUUUAUGACAAGGGACCUCAAAGUGCAUUCUUUCUUGUUAAAUUCUGGGCUGACCUAAAUGUCAACAUUCAGGAUGAGUCUGGGACAUUUUAUGGUGUCACAAGCCAAUAUGAAAGUCCUGAGAAUAUGACAAUCACUUGUUCCACAAAAGUAUGUUCAUUUGGCAAGCAAGUUGUAGAAAAAGUUGAAACAGAAUAUGCUCGUUUUGAGAAUGCACGGUUUGUGUAUCGCAUCCACCGCUCACCUAUGUGUGAAUACAUGAUCAACUUCAUUCAUAAACUCAAGCAUCUACCAGAGAAAUACAUGAUGAAUAGUGUGUUGGAGAAUUUCACCAUCUUGCAGGUAGUAACAAACCGGGACACGCAAGAAACGCUAUUGUGUGUGGCUUAUGUAUUUGAGGUUUCUACGUCAGAGCAUGGUGCGCAACAUCACAUUUAUCGUCUAGUUAAAGACUAACAAUACGCCCCAGGACAGCUCAUCCUUGCGUCAUAUCAGACGCUGAGCUGGCUUCUUGUGUAGCACUAUGUUCCACAGUGCAGGAAAUGCCUUGUGAAGGAUUACAGCUGUGCCCCUGUGUAACUCAUCUGUUGCCUGCAAGUGCUUGGUUAUACGGUAUUUAAAAAAUCCAUCAUGGUCCUAGGCAUCAGUCAUAAAGGAAGCUCACACUCCCAAGGUUGUACUGCAAGGUUUGGCAGCUUACCCUGUACCAGUUAUGUGUCCUAUACAGAGAUGUCCUGGCAUAUUGUUGAAGCUGUUCACCAAGCCACAGGCAAAAAUGGCAAAGACAGCUAUGAAAUUAUAUCAAAGACCACCACCAAAGGCACUCACGAUAAUGGAACUAUGAUACUCAAAUACAGUACUGCAGAUAUUGCUUGCAUGUGUUUUCUACAAUGUAACAGCAUUAGUAGUUCAGUAUUGGUUACUGGUGUAUCAUGCAGAGUUUUUGUGAUCUGAUAUUCAGAUAUACAGCUCUGGAUGUGCAUAGCACUACAUUAAAAGGCAUCUGAUACAUUAUAUAGAUACAUAUUUGAAUCAUUGAACUUUAUUGAAUAUGAUACAAGUGGUAUUAAUGGUUGCAUAAUAAAAUGUACAGAUAUAUAUAUACUUAUAAGGGUGGCAGAUAGUGUGUGUGUGGGGAGGAGUGAGUGCGAUCUGCUCUGUGCCUCGUUGACAAACAAUAUAUAGUGUGCUGGCUGCUGCCCAUCCAGUUCAUCAACAUGCAAAUACAUUGUAAUGCCUACUGUACUUAAAAACAAAAACAAAAAAACACACCUGCGUUAUCGAAUCACGCAAUGCAUAUUGUGACUAUCCAAAUGUGAACAAAGUGAUUAAAUAUUUUUGUAAUUUAUACUCAGAGAAAAUGAAAUCUGUUUGCAAGUCCAUGGUGAGGCAACAUUAUGACAGUGUCUUUCACAUCUUUAAUAUUGUAUUAUAUAAUACACUGUUUCUCUCCACUUUGUACAAACUAUCAUUGAAGGCUGUUACUGCCGAAAUAAGCAGCUUCUAACGAUCGUUCUACACAUAUCGCUUUACUUUUAUUUCUUCUUUUUAUUCUUCUUUUUUUCCCAAUUCUCUGUAGUUUAGGAAUGUCAGUGUUUAAAACUGUUGAAUAGUCUAGAUAUCACUGGGGCAAGAAGGUCGCAUGUUGUUCGCUGACACCCUUAACCUUUAAAUAUGCAACAUGCGUCCCUCCACAGCCACCUGUAUACCGGUAGAUCAUUAUUAUUAUUAUUAUUAUUAUUAUAAUUAUUAUUAUUAUUAUUAUUAUUUCAUUUUGCAAAGUUGUUGAUGUUGUUAGGGAAUUUUUUGUGAUCUCAGAUGUUCUUAUCCAAAGGCUUUAAAAGUCAGGAGGUGAAGUUUAUGAAUGGGAAUAGUUGUGUUCCAAUUCACUGCAUUGCUGUUUUAGUGCCAAGACAUAUAUGUGAAUACUCUGAAGAACUUGUUUGUGCAACAUAAAUCAUCAUCAGUAUGUUGUUAUAUUAUUUUAUUUUAUACAAAUAAUUAAAGAUUGCCAUAUUAAAUGAUAAUUUGUGCUAAUUCAUCAGAGGCUUUUCUCACACUCAUUUAUGAGAUUUUGGUCGCAAGCACACAAAGUGCCUUCAUUGUUUAGCCAUUCUAUUCCUUGCAGUCUGAGGAACUGUAAAAUUAUAGUCUAUCUAUUUGAACAUAUGCAGAAUUAUUUAUAAUGUACAAGUUUUUAUGACAAUAAGAAUUACUUCCCCCUAUACAUAUUGUUUCAAAUCGUAUAAUGGCUUCUCCGGCAGUUGUACAUCCUCAGAAUGGCAAGGAAAGGCAGCUUGACUAUCCAGGCAACUACCUCUCCUGUCCGUCAAAACCCAAUCAGAUCCAACAUGUUUCCACACUAUCCUUUGACAGUGCGAAACCUAAACGACGCAUUUUCUUGGGAUGGCCAAUACAUUUGGCAAGAGUGUUUGUUUUCUUAAUCUUCACUACUGACUUCUUGUAUCAAAACUAAAGGUGCUGUUUUUAUCACAGUGUAUGUGAAUUCUACAUUAUAUUUUAGUUUGCCAUCAUUAUCAGGUUUAAAUAUACAUUUAAAACAUCCAGUAGAGUGAAGAACUUCAGUUCCUUAUUCUGGUAUUACUGUAAGAUGACCAACCCACCUUUAGAGUAGAUAAUCAAUAGCCAAGUCUUAAAGUAUUAUUGUAUCUAAAGUCCAGAUUCUGGAUCUCUAGCUGCCCAUUGUCUGCUGUAGACUUUUGAGGGUGUUCCGAGAAGUGCAGCAGGUGAAGAGUGGUCUGGGUAGGACCGAAUUGCAAGACUUGUAAUACUUUAAAAUAGAGGCUCUAAUGUGGCAUUUUGUGGCAUGCUGAGGCUUAAGCCAGAAACAACUCAGUAUUAAUAAUGUGGUUUGCAGUUUAAAACAUCAAAUAUUUUUUCUUAUGUAGUUAAAUUUGUGUUAAGAAGAAAAUAUAUUUCCAAAAUCCUUCCUUAAGGAUCACUCGUUUUAUCAUAUUUAUAAAUAAUUAUUGUCAAAAUUUUCCAAUUGAGAAGACUGACAUUUUUCUUCUGUUUUUACAUCGCAGUUUUCCUUGGUUUUAAGUAAUGUGAUAGAAAGCUUAUGUGUAGACAGAGGUUUUAAUGUUACAGAUACCAUCCCCUAAUAUUACUAGACUGACCUGUUAUGAGCAGUUGUUCAAAUAACAUGAUAAAUGAGCCUCAUAAUUACUGUGAUAAAGGAACAUAGAGGAUAUGUAUCCACUCUUGAGUGAGAAAUUGCUGUUAUUACAUGCCACAAGGAGGUUAUUGUAUUUUACAUGCAUUACAGAUAUAGUUUGUUAAUAAUGUAACCAAGGAUGCAAACAGAAAAACUUUCAAUACUUAUUCAUAUCAAGCACAUGAAAUUUCUUCCCAUGAUGUAAAAGGCCUUCAUCACCAAUCACGACUGUUGAACUCACAUGUCUGUCUGUUCAGUUCUUGGGGACAGAGUUUAGGCAAUGACGUAACUGAGUUGAGUCUGAGCACCAGAUAUAAUAAAAAAGUUUAUAUAUUGUAGUGUUAUAAUGAUAUAUUGACCUGUGGUGUCUUCAUAAAUAGAUUAUGUUGUGCUAAAUAUUAUUUGAUGAAGAGGUUAGGUUUUAUUAGAUAAAUCUCUGAAUAUUUUAAUUCAUAUUUUACUCAGACUGAAAACAGUUAAGGCUUAGUCUAAAUUAUGUUGCUGAAUCUGACUUUGUUGUAAACUGUGUUUCUUGACCAUUUAUAAGUUGACAGAAUUAUUGGCCGAAACAGUGUUUGCCCAACUGAAUGUGGUAGACUGGAUGAAAUACCAUUUUGUACAGUUGUAUAAAAUAGACAUUUUUACGUGA